AUAAUGUUUUUCAGUUGGUGUGGCCGCCUCGCGGGCCGUAGUGAAUUAACAGGUGUUUCAUACGAUUUUAAUAUCCCGAUAUCGAGAGAAACUGGUGUUUAUUGGCCCCGUUAUUCCACUCCGGAUGUUUAAUAAAUCGUCAAACCUUCGGAAUUAUUUUACAUCGUCACCAGGGAUUUACUAUUGACUGAUCGAUUGAUCGAUCGUGAUAUCGUUAUUCUUAUAAUUGUUGGAAUCGUGAGAGUAUCAUGAUGUCAGAGACCGUUGUGACAGUCCAGGAUGGUUCCAACAACGCCAACAAUCCACGUCAAGGGCCAACAGUCAAGACAGAACCAGGUCAGACGAGUGUCAUCGGUGGGAUAACGUUAAAUAUACCUUAUUUCAAGUCGAUACCGGGUAUCGUGAAACUCGUUCAAGUGGUCCUAGGAAUUAUUUGCAUGGCGUGUGCCUCACCGUCUUGGAAUGGCGCAGCAAGUUGGUUUUUAUUCGUAGCAAUAACGUCUUUCAUUGCUACUCUACUCUGGUGCUUCAUUUAUCUACUGGGUAUUCGUGAAGCUCUGAAACUACCCAUCAACUGGCUGCUAACAGAAUUAUACAAUACUGGUGUCAUUGUAAUUCUCUACACAAUUGCAUUCAUUGUUCAACUUGCUGUCUGGGGGGGAUAUACAUAUCAUUGGCCAGCUAGAUCAGCGAAUAUUGCAGCUGGUGUGUUUGGAGUUUUCAAUACAUUAGCGUAUGCUGCUGGUACAUAUUUCCUCUACUACGAGUUCAAGAGUGGUUCACAGUGAGAAUGCAACUGGAGUACCUGAGAGUUGCGUCAGCACCCAAUCACACAGGAUUUAACCUGCCGUCUUCGAGCAGGCCAUAUUGGCCAAAAAAAAUCUUUAUUUUUCACGACUCGUAUCUCCUUAUAUAUAUUUAUAUACAUUUAUUAAACUAGACCUAUUCAUGUAAGAUUAAUUGACAUUUCUGUAUUCAUACUGAAAUAGGGAACUUGCCUCCAGCCCAAUAUUCCAAUAUUUUCAGAUUUAUGGAACCCUUACAGUCUAUCAACUACUGCAGCGUUAAAAGUUGUUCGAAAAGUCGUUGGGGUGUUUUGCAAUAAAUUAUUAAAAAUAUAUAAAUUUCAAACACUUAUUUGGGGAUCUUGACGUCAACUGACCGGAACUAAACCCCUCUCCAAGGGCCGCAGGUUUGAGCAAAACCAAUGGAGACGAUUACAUGUGCAACAAUUAUUCAAAGGGGAUAAAAACAUAUAUUCGUAUGAGUUGACAUCACAGGGGUCUUUAGGACAUUUGAAAAAUUAAAGUUUGAGAGGCGAAUAACUAAUUAUUGGAUAAUAUUUAAAUUGUUUGUGCCCCGUAUGUGGCUUUUGCAGAGUAUAAAUGUGAAUAAAAAAGAAUUUUCAAAACAUGCAAGUUCCUUAUUUCACGCAAAUGUUUUCUCAAUUUAAGUUUCUGCGAUGAAAACAUAAUUAUCGGGUCUCGAAAUGUAUUGAGCUAUCGUUAAUCCUUCGGUGAAAUGGAGUACAAAUAUGUCUCAUGUAUUUUGAUAACAUGAAAUAAUAUAUGAAAUUUAAAUUUCUUGUUCUAUGCUUCGGUAAUUUAUGUCACGAGAUCAUUGAAAAUUCUAUCACUAUCUUCCCCAGGAAUCAUGCGAAGGUGCCCCAGCGAAUCAUAGUAGAUACGUAUAUUUUCUCAUGUAUAUAAAAUUCUAUUAUACACAAUGUAUUUCUUACUAAUAUAUACUGUGGAAUUCCUGCCGAUAUGGAGAAUUAUAUUGUAUGUAAUUACAUCGUAAUUGCGUCGCAUGAAAUAACUGAGAAUUUGACAAAAUUCUUUAAAGUUUUGAAUCAUUCUCGUCGCCUCCGACGAAAAUCACGAUCUGCAGGAGCUAUAACGAAUUUUGAAUGCCUAAUAAUGCUACUUAACAUUGGUACAAAUUAUAAUUAAUAUAUCAACCCAUGUAUAUCGAAAUGUAGAAUCAAAUAACUAUGAAAUUGUCACAGCGAAGUCGAGAGUACUUCAUUACCGAAGUACAUCUGUAUUUUAACCCGAAAGAGAAAUAUAUUUACACAAAUGAACAUCGACAACUGCAUUUAUCCAAUUGUUGUAGGGACUUUCUAUUUGUAAAGAGCAAGUUGAGAAGCCUGAAAUACUAUGUACGAUGAAAAAGUAGUUAGUAAGUCACGCCCAAAUGGAGAAACAGACGUCCUCAUUGAUCCUGAACGUUUUUAAGUGCAAAAAGUACGAAAAAUUAACGAGAGAAUAUUUUUCCCUUUGGGCGUUGUUGCAGAUUCGGCAGUUUUUCGUUUCAUUCUCUUCAUUUAUUUUGUAAUCCGGAUAUUUUUUGAAAUUUUAAUCACUUGUAUCAGGCCAUAGAUCAAUAAAGUUUAAUGUUGAAUAUUUUUGCACACCAUA